AUGCCAAUGUCGCCAUCUGAUUUCCUGGAUAAAUUAAUGGGUAGGAUGUCAGGCUACGAUGCAAGAAUCAGACCAAAUUUCAAAGGCCCUCCAGUUAAUGUCACAUGCAACAUAUUUAUAAACAGCUUUGGAUCCAUUGCAGAGACAACCAUGGAUUACCGAGUGAAUAUCUUUCUCCGUCAGAAUUGGAAUGAUCCACGCCUUGCAUAUAGUGAAUAUCCAGAUGACUCUUUGGAUUUAGAUCCAUCCAUGUUGGAUUCUAUUUGGAAACCUGAUUUGUUCUUUGCUAAUGAAAAAGGUGCCAACUUUCAUGAAGUUACAACAGACAACAAGUUGUUACGAAUUUUUAAAAAUGGAAAUGUUCUUUAUUCUAUCAGAUUGACUUUAAUACUGUCCUGUCCAAUGGAUCUCAAAAAUUUCCCAAUGGAUGUGCAAACGUGUAUAAUGCAGCUGGAAAGUUUUGGAUAUACAAUGAACGAUCUCAUUUUUGAAUGGCAAGAAAAGGGAGCUGUACAGGUAGCAGAAGGGCUCACCCUGCCACAGUUUCUGUUGAAAGAAGAGAAAGAUUUAUGUUAUUGCACCAAACAUUACAAUACAGGAAAGUUUACAUGCAUUGAAGUCCGAUUCCACCUUGAAAGGCAAAUGGGUUAUUAUCUCAUUCAAAUGUACAUACCGAGUCUCCUGAUUGUCAUUCUCUCCUGGGUGUCGUUUUGGAUCAAUAUGGAUGCUGCACCAGCCAGAGUGGCUUUAGGUAUAACAACUGUACUGACCAUGACAACACAAAGUUCAGGUUCACGAGCAUCACUUCCAAAGGUUUCAUAUGUCAAAGCUAUCGACAUUUGGAUGGCAGUAUGCCUGCUCUUUGUAUUUUCUGCACUUCUGGAGUAUGCAGCUGUAAAUUUUGUGUCAAGGCAGCAUAAAGAGCUUCUGAGAUUCCGCCGGAAGAGGAAGAAGAACAAGGACGAUGAGGUAAGGGAAAGUCGAUUCAGUUUUACAGCCUAUGGAGUGGGACCAUGUCUGCAAGGAAAAGAUGGAGUGACUCCAAAGGGGCCAAAUAAUCCCAUUCAAGCUGCACCAAAAAGCCUCGAUGAAAUGAGGAAGGUAUUCAUUGACCGAGCCAAGAAAAUCGAUACCAUUUCCAGAGCUUGCUUCCCAUUAGCCUUUCUGAUUUUCAACAUUUUUUAUUGGGUUAUCUAUAAAAUCAUUAGGCAUGAGGACAUUCACCAAUAACAAGAUUAAGGCUUCUAGUACAUACUGUUUGGGCUGGCAUGUUCAGCAGGAGGUUUUCCAUUACAAAUGUGCAUACAGCUGCUUACUGGGAUAGUUAAAAGGCAUAAAGAAAGAGAUCCCAUUUGACUUGCUAUGCAGAGUCACUAUUGGACAGAUGAAGAAUGACACCCAGUGAGGGUAUAUCUGCUAUUACUAGGUUUCUACUUCAUACUAACUAAACAAUCAAUCAAUCAACUUUUUCAUAGUAAAAAACCACAACACUAUACUACAGCUUUACUGCCAAUGUGUUUAUAUAUACUUUUACAUUGUGGUAUAAUUGUACAGUAUUC